AUGUCUGACAAGCUGUCCUUCAUCCAUCGUCCGGCUAUGUGCACCCUCAUAUACCGCAAGUACGACUGCACAAAGUGCCAGCGCCGCGUCCGCGAUGACAAGUGGAUCGAAGAGUGCGAGCGAGUCAGGGCCGGUCGCAAAGGCACAUGCGAGGCUAAGUUUGAGCACGAGACGAGCUACGUCCCCGCUGACGAGUGCAUCGUCUGCGAGAUGGAGAGGAGGAAGAGGGAGGAAGAGGAGGAGAGGCAGGCUGAGAAGGACGCUAUGGAGCAGUCCGGGUGCAGAACGAGCUGA